CGCUAGGGUAAGAGGGCGUGGUCUCGUAUCCAGGCAGUGAUGUCAGCGGGAGCUGUUCAAAGUGGUUGUGGUGCUGAAGAGACAACUCUGCUCGGCGCUCGGUCAGACCGCCAGCGGCUCGCGGCUCGGCUCGGUCGGUAGCUGCUUCCGGGGCCGCCUGAUGGACGGUUUUAUUCACCGGGGGACACGGAAGGAGCUUGUGCCCAGGCCCAGAGGAAAUCGGGAUGUUUAAUGGAUGCCCCCUCCGGAGGUCGCUGCCAUCAUAGAUCCGGCAUCAAGCAAGCGGCUUUCAUUAUGCCAUUCCAGCUGCAGACGGAAAUCUCCCAAACCAUUGGAACAGAUCUGUGCUGUGGGUGUGGGCAGAGAGCGUGAGGUGAGGAGAAAGUGUCCGAGGGAAAUAAGAGAACAGAAAAGAAGGAGAGAGAUGGUCCUUCACAUCUCCCCUUACUCCAGUGCCUGUCUGCACUUCCUGGAUGGCUUGUCGUGGAGCCUGGUGUUUCCCUGCUACUGGCUCCUGGACCGCCUCCUGGCCUCCUGCGUGGCCACCUCCCUGGAGAAGCGCCAGCGCUCCCAGGAUCCGUGCUCCUUCCUCACCCUGUGUGUCCUGAUUUCUGCUCCCCUUUAUCUGCUGCUCCUCCUCGCCUCUCUCCCCUUUGCCCUGCUGGGGUUCUUCAUCUGGGCUCCUCUGCAGGCGGUCCGUCAGCCAUACCUGUACACAUACCGCAGACCGGACAAGAACCAGGCAGAACAGGGUCAGGCUGGCGGCGCUGGGAUUGGAGAAUGGAGGCCACAAGGCAGAAGCUUCUGUUUCUGCAGUGCCAACGUCUGCCUCCUGCCAGACUCCCUGGCCAGGUUCAACAACUUAUCCGACACCCACAGGAGAGCGCGAGAGGUGGGGAAGAGGAUCCGUAACGGAGCCAGUCGGCCCCAGAUCAAAAUCUACAUUGAUUCACCUACCAACACGUCCAUCAGUGCGGCAUCCUUCAGCAGUCUGGCCACAGGUUUCCGCCGCACCUCCUCACUGGACCAGCGUCCAGAACAAACACACACUACCAAUGGCCCAGCUGAAACGGAAAUAGAACCAGUCACCGAGUGCCCAGUUCAUCCCUCAGGUGCCACCGACUGCCCUGUUCACCCCCCUGCUGGAGAGCAGGGCUGCGCCGACUGCCCUGUUCACCACGAUGACACCGCAGCGGACUGCCCCCUGCACCCACCAGGGACUAACAGCAGCUCGGACUGCCCAGUUCACGCCUCGGGUGAGGCUGCAGACUGCCCCAUGCAUUCCAAGGGAGGUGGCCAUCAUGAGUGCCCUACGCAUGGGGAAGGGAUUCAGCCCAAACCCUCAACAGACUGCCCGCUUCACACCUCAGGGGUUCAAAUCAGCAUCAGUGCUCCAGAACCAGAGCCCCGGGAGGAAGAGGCGGAGACCGGGAAUCAUCGAGAGCCGGCUGGAGGAGACACUGGCAGCAUGACGGCGUCUCGGGAGUCCCUCACUCGUUACCACGGAGGCGACAACGCCGUUGGGAUAUCCUCCAAUAACACUCUCUCUCAUGUUCCGCGCACUUCCAUCUUCAAGCGUCCUGGACGGAAGCGUCGCCAUGGAGACGAGACAUUCGACCACGAGAUCUCUGCCUUUUUCCCUGCCAACUUGGAUUUUCUGGCUCUGCAGGAAGUAUUCGACCACGGUUCAACGUCGAGACUGCGACGGCAGCUGCACCGCUACUUCCCCUACGUGCUGAGCGACGUUGGGCGGUACGGCUGGAAAGGCUGCUGCUCCAGGUUCAAAUUCUUGAACAGCGGCCUGAUGUUGGCUAGCCGCUACCCAAUCCUGGACGCACGAUUUGAGUGCUACCCCAACGGGAGAGGAGAGGAUGCACUGGCAGCCAAGGGGGCGCUGUUUGCUAAGGUCCACAUAGGCACCUCCCAUCAGGAGCAACGAGUGGUGGGAUACCUCACGUGCACGCACCUCCACGCCAUAGAAGGUGACGCGUCAGUCCGCUGUGAGCAGCUGGACCUCUUGCUCCAGUGGGGCGCUGAGUUUCGUCAGUCCUCGUCCCAGUCACCUGAAGGAGAGAAGGUGCUGGAAGACCUGGUGGCCUUCGAUGUCGUCCUGGGGGACCUGAACUUUGACAACUGUUCCUCAGAAGACAAGCUGGAGCAGCAGCACACACUUUUUACUCAGUACAAGGACCCAUGUCGCCUGGGGCCAGGGGAGGACAAACCGUGGGCUCUGGGCACUCUGCUGGAUCCCAGUGGCCUUUAUGACGACGACGUCAGCUCACCUGAAAGUUUACAAAAAGUGAUGGAGAACGAGGAGGGGAGGAAGGAGUACCUGGUGUUUCCUCCCAGUAAGAACCAGUGUCCUGCCAGCGGUCAGAAGGGGAGAAAAAUCCCGCUGAAGGGAAACGGACGCCGGAUCGAUUACAUCCUGUACAGCGACGAGGGCCUUCAGCAGGACUGGAAACUGGACAUCGAGGAGUUCAGCUUUGUGACCCAGUUGGCCGGCCUCACCGAUCACCUGUCUGUAGCCAUGAGACUGGCCGUUUCCACCGGAGAAGAGGAGCCCUAGCUCGACCACCCGAGCUCUCGCUCUUUAAUACUGCCAUGGAGGAGGGAGGCUGGAGGAAAUAAAGACACUUUAACUGAGUUUACAGAUACCGGAGCGGCGCGGCGUUGGACGGGAGAGUCAGCGAGUAGGUGGAUGAGUCAGAGGCGCUCGGGGGAGAGAAGAAAGAGGAACGGAGAGAAACUCUGACGGGGAGAGAGAUGAGGUGGGGAACUUAGAUCAGGAAGUCGGAGAGAGAUCUUCUUGGGUGAUUGGCUCGUGAGCUUCAGCAGGCGUCUGAGACUGUUCACUAACCUCGCUGAACUGAAUCCAGAUGGGUUUGAUUUGAGUGUUUCUUGUAGCCAGUACACACACUCCUUUCCUCGGAUCUCUUGAGUCGUAGUUUAAGGACAAUUUUCUUUUCUUUUUAAAGCCUCUACCUUCAGGGACACUUGGAUGACCACUAAUGUGUGUAAAAGGAAAGCGUGCAGCUGCUGACCGGCCUUUACACCGACCGUCUGCGUCCUCGUGUCGUGCUCCUCCCCGCCGGUCAGCCGCUCGCCCUGCUGCCCUCACGCCAUUCCCAGGAACCUCAACAAGUGUCUUUCUUUUCUUAAAAAAAACAAAAUGUCUUUCUAGAAAACAACAAAGGCUAUUUCUAUCGCCGACACUUUUUAUAGGAGCUUUAAAGGCCUGUUUAAUAUGAAAUGUGACGUUUGUAAGGCGAGAUUGUUCGGAAGCGGAUGUGAAGUCGGAGGAGGAAGCUGCUCGUUUGAUGCUUACAGCAUGUUUGUCAGCCAUGACUGGUAAAAAAAAAAAGAACUUUAUUUUCUAAAGCUUUGCUGAUGCAUGAUGGGAAAUGGUUUACAGCAGCUUGAAUCACGCCGUCUUGAGUCUGGGCGCCUCGUCCCUGAAGCGCGCGCUUGUGUUUGGCGUUGGUGCAUGUGUGACACAUGAAUAGGUACGCACCGAAACGUGACGAUUUAGAUGACACGAGCACACAAGCACGUUUUGUAAAACAGGAUUUUUUAGGUUUGUUGACUUGCAGAAGCAGUAACGUCCAGUUUCAGGGGUCCAAACAUGUUAUUGGGCAGGACUGUAAACGCCUGCGUGCUGCACAACCCGACCCGUGUGGUUCCGCAGAUCCACUCAGCCAGCAGUCAGGUCCAAAACUUUACCAACAAGUUUAAAGCAUGUUCAGAAACCUCUGUGGAGCUGGUUAAUCUGCCCGGAGGCCAUGAGGAACUAGCAGGAUUAACCUGUUAGCAUCACAUCCUGCACAUUUCCCGCUCCAUCACCCGCAUCGCAGACCAAACAAAAUGAUGCUCACUUGUGAAGUUUUGUGAUUCUUUAGCUGUAAAGCUGAAGCAUUUUCUGCUUUAUUUUGAAUAGAAUGUUUGAAACUGAAUCUGUUGACCUUAAAAACGUUGCAGGAGUCUCAGAAAAUGCUUUGAGGUCACUAAAUAUCAAACAUCACGGAGGUGGGGUUUACCCUCCGGCUGUUUUAUCAUUAAAGCUGAGAAACAGGAGCUGGGAUUGUGUGCAAACACCGCGACUAUCCAUGUGGUUCCUGUAGAAGGUACUGGUUCUGGUUCUGUUGGUGUGCAGCGAUAAUGUCCAACUGGCUUCAGAACCAUUUAAAUCCUUUAUGACAUUCAUUUACCUCAUUUGAACAACGCUGUGGUGUUUCUUCUAUCUGCGGCUUCAUGUUUUAAUAUCAGCCGUUAACUGGGUUUCAUGCAUCCUUUGUUGGGGGAUUUUCAAAAUAAAAGAUGUAAAGUUUUGUUUCCAGGCCCAGGAUUAAAUAACUCUUCCAGCAGAAUUUAGCGUUUUAAUUUCUUGUGUGAAUCAAAACUAUAAACUCGGCUCUAAAGCAGUAUUUAGACGUUUAAACUUCUCAGCUCUGAUCACAGUGUUACCAGGUGUCUGCACCUGGCUCCUGAUUCAGAAAUGACAUGGUGAACUAUGUUUACAGCGUAUUUAUUAAUACUCUGCCCGAUUCCUGAGGACUUUUUUAACACAACCUGUGUGUGUCGGAGCAGCUCGUGUCAUUUUCGGCAGGCGUGUGGGAUCAGGUGCGGCGAGUUCUCAGCUGUUUUUUUACAGGCAGUCCUCACAGGUCACCUGUAGGACUCUUCACAUUGUAAAAAUUAAGACUGAUAUUAUAAAGGUGUGUGUUUGUUCUUCAGCGUGUCUGUUUUUAUACUUUAUGAUUCACCACUUGUGUGUUUUAGAAAUUAGAUCAAAAUUUAAGAGUUUUUAAUCAAAAGUUGAGGAAGAACCUCAGAGGUUCUGCUCCGAUCCUUGGAACCGCAUCUGCAGGUGAAAGUAAACAUCGGGUAUCAUUUUUAGGACUUUGAUUUGUACUUUUUCAGCCGUUUUAUUUGUUACAAAACAAACUGAAUAUGUUCAUAUGAAAUGUGUUUUGCUGUUUUUUUAUCUGACUUUCUUCAUGAUGGUUUUUUUUUUUCAAUUUUGGCCUUUUGGUUUGGAAAAAGUGGUCUCGAUCAAUAUUUCUCCAGACUUUCUGAGCGAUUUUCAUUGUUUUUUCAUAAGGGUGUUUUUGUUUUUGUUGUUUGCUGAAACACUGAACUCCCACCUAAACUCCUAAAUGAGCCGCAUGCGUCUCGACGAACCAGGCAACUAGACAUGAAACCAGAUUUAAAGAGCAAGUCACCCCCUACCAGAGUUUCACUCAACUCCCACUUCCUGUUUGAAAAAUGCAACAAAUGUUGUUGCCUAGCAGACCAAGAGGGCGGAGCCGCUAACAAGUACACACACACACACAACGACAUUGUGACAUCAUAUGGUACCAGCUAACGUUCUAGGGUACCUCUUAGCCAAUAGCAAUGGCAGAUUUAAAUUCAAAUGCAGUGCAGAGUUUUUACCUGACAACGGCACAACACUGACAGUUUUAGGCAGAAAAUUAACAUUUGAACUAAAAUGCACUAAAGUGCAAAACUGUUGACUACACGUGUCUGCAGCACGAUUAGACACACAUUUAUAUAGUUAUCAGAACACAAGUUAUUUGGGGGUGACUUGCUCUUUAAUGAAUAUCUUAAUGACCAGAAUCGUAGUUUAUGGGAAAUAUGGUAAUUAUCUACACACUCACUACAGAAAUCAUCUUCCCGAAUGCCACCGACUGUAAUAUUUGGGUUAAAGUGCAUCAUAAACCGUUACGCCAAGCUCCUCACAGGUAGGAGGAGUAAAUAAAAUCGAUAUGAAGAUAGAAAUAAAAGUUGCAAAUGAAUCAGUGUUGCCAACCGUGUAAAAUUCAAAGUAUUAAAUGAAAAGACAGACGAUGUUGCCAAAGAAGUUGUCACACUCAAAUGUUUUCCUGCUGUUUGUCACUUUGGUGAAAUGCUAUUAAAGCUAAUAACUGAUGCUUCA